AUGUCACUACCGGCAGAAGUCCUGCUCAUGAUCUUUUACUGGACGCACCAAGGGGGGUGGCCCGGCUCGGAAGCAUAUACUGCAUAUAAACUCGCAUUCGUCUGUCGUACAUGGCUCGAGGUUGCAGCUAUGAUGAAGGCUGAGUACUGGGGCUUCUUGAGGGUCAUAACCGACGAGCCCACGUUUCUUCCUUCUGUGAUACGAAGAUUUUUCUCGAUUCCUCGGGGCGAAGACGAUUUAAUCAAGCUUGUCAUAGGCCCACAACAUAAGGAUUCGCCUUCCCUGACUCCCUCUCAAGAGCAGGCGCGCCUCAACCUCGUCAUGGAGUGCAUGAAGCCUCACCUCGGGCGUGUCUCCGACCUUCAGAUGGAUACCUUCUACCGCUCUACCAUCGUGACUGUUAGUCAUUUCAUGGAUGGCGCCGACAUGGACCAUCUCAAUCGACUUUGGCUUGUCUCCCAGGUCACCGACGACACCUCCCCACUGCAAAUUUCGUCUCUAAAAUGUCCUUACAUCGAGUCGUUAGAUAUCGAUGCACAGAGCUUCGUGAAUCUCAUGGACCCGACUCAUAAUGUUAGUUUCACAGAGGAUGAUCAAGACGCCGAGAUCCGUCUCACGAGGUAUCGACCUCCCACCAGCACGGGUGCUAUCAGCCCAUCUCGCCUGGUUGAAGCUUUAGUCGCGCUCGACAAGCAUAACAUCAUCAGCCUCACCAUUGAAGAUGUCGAACUCAGCCAAGAGCGGUAUGGGGGAGGCUCUCGCCUAGUGAACCUAGACAGCCUCACUCUCCGCAAGAUAGAUGGUUCAUUUGUUCCGAUGAUUUGCCAGGCUCUCGACUCUCGAGAGCUCUCCUUCGUCGAAAUCAAUAGCAGUGAAAUUACGUCACACUACCAACUCCCCGCCGUCGAUCUUUACCUAACGGGAGUUCAAUCGAGCACCUCGUUGUUAUACGGUAUACAGGACUGGAAGGGGAUUAAGCUAUUUGUCAAGGACUGCCCAGGGUUCGACGAUUGGGUGCUCGGGGCAAUGGCUUUCUUUGGCAUGAAAGACAACGGCCCCGCGUGCGGGAUCAUGAACCAGCUCGUGAUUUAUGGUUGUUCAUUUUCGGCUCCAGCAUUGCAGCGCAUGUGCGAGAUGAGGUACGGGAAGUACGGUAUCGACCACUUGGAGGUCAGGGAUGGUCCGGAGAUCGACGAUGACCUCAGGAGAUGGUUUACAGAGCAUACCCUGGCAUUUGAAUGGCAGGCGAGAGAACUGUGUAUAGAUGCUUAG